AUGGCUGAUACUAAUCCCGGAAACUUUGCCAACCGCCCCAAAGAAGAAGUGCAAGAAAUUGCGUCCAAGGGAGGCCAAGCCAGCCACAACAGCGGCUUCGCCAGUAUGGAUCCCAACAAGCAGCGAGAAAUUGCUUCCAAGGGCGGCCAGGCCUCUUCAGGCUCGUUUGAGCCAGGCAGUGACAAGGCUCGAGAGGCGGGCCGCAAGGGAGGAUCCAAGUAG